AAAGAAGAACCCAUGGGCUGCAUCUUAAUUCGGCAAUCCCCAAAACAUAACUCACUCUAUAUAUUUGUUGAAGGUGACAUUUUGAGAUUGCCUAACACAUUGCUCUCAUUUGGAGUCUUUCUAAUCCUCUCUGCUCGUCCUUGAUUACUCCGCCUUCCUUCUCCAGUGAACAUGUCAACUGUCGGACUUGCUGCAACCUCUAUAGUAAAAACUGCUCCUCACACCCAAAGAAAGAGUGUCUUCAUUAAGACCCCAGUGUCUCUGGGGUUUGUAAGGAGCAUUUCUAAGGGCUUUGGAUUGAAGUCUAGCUCUGGCUUUAGAGUAGCAGCAUCAGCAGUUUACAAGGUCAAGUUGGUUUGUCCAGAUGGUGUUGAGCAUGAACUCGAGGCAUCUUCAGAUACUUACAUACUCGAUGCAGCUGAAAAUGCUGGAGUCGAACUCCCUUAUUCUUGCAGGGCAGGUGCAUGCUCAACAUGUGCUGGGAAGAUUGUAUCAGGAUCUGUUGAUCAAUCCGAUGGAUCUUUUCUGGAUGAUAAUCAAAUAGAGGAGGGCUAUGUGCUCACAUGUGUUUCUUACCCAACCUCAGAUUGUGUGAUUCAUACUCACCAGGAAUCUGAUCUUUACUAGUUAUUUAUAUAUCAAAUUAUGUGUAUGCUCUUGUUUUAGGUUGAAGCAGUUGGAAAAUUGUUCUGUAAUUGAGAAUGGUCAGGUGUAGAAUUCAAUCAGGAACCUUUUGUGUUUGAAUGAUGUUCGUUUAAUGAAUGGUUCACUUUGUGAAAA